CGCGCUCAUGUGACGUCAUCAGCAGGCGCCUGCCUUACAGCCGCAGUAGCGGGAAACUGUCAGUUUGGAAACGUCCGAGGAGUUUGUGUUUAGGCGAAGCAGUUUGUCGCCAUGACGCAGAGGAAAAGGCUGUCUAACACACAGAGCUCCACUCAGAACAGAGAAGAAGAUGAUGACACAACAUUCACUCAGCCAAGUACGUCGCAGGUUCAGAGAGGGCUGGAGAAAGUCACACCUGCACAGGUCGACCAAAAGACGGCUGAGGUAGUGCAGUACUUCUUGGUGAAAGACCAAAAGAAAAUGCCUGUACGACGAGCAGACAUUGUGAAACACGUGGUGAAGGAGUACAGAAACAUCUACCCUGAGAUCAUGAAGAGAGCAGCACAUACUUUUGACCAGGUAUUCGGCCUCAAACUGGUUGAAAUCGAUGCCAAAAGUCACACGUACAUACUGAUCAAUAAGCUAGAGACGACUGAUGGAGCCUCGCCAAUAAGUAGCCCCGCCAAUCCAAAGAUGGGUCUGCUGUUUGUCAUCCUGAGUGUCAUUUUCAUGAAAGAAGGAGUCGUCAAAGAAAACGUCAUCUGGAAUACUCUCAAGAAACUCCGAGUUGACCCCGGAAAGAAACACGAAGACUUCGGUGACGUGAAGAAGGUGGUGACAGACGAGUUCGUGCGACAGAGGUACCUGGAGUACGUGCGAAUCCCUCACACAGAGCCAGUCGAACAUGAGUUUCGAUGGGGUCAACGUGCUGAAAUUGAAGUGUCAAAAGCCAGAAUCCUGGAGUUCAUGGGUGAACUUCAUGGACUGGAGCCUCAGAGUUGGAGCCAGCAGUACAGAGAAGCUCACCCGGCCUCCAACACACAGCCCGGCACCAGCAGCCAGAGAUAACUAGCUCAGUAUUAGUGUUUCCCCUGUAAUUGUAUUUAUUCCUGCAUCAUUUUCUUUUUUUUUAAAUGUGUUUUGUUCAGAAUAAAGACACACAAAUCUGCUGUUACGUCAUCAUCACACAGUCAGGUUUCAUUUUCAUUUUAUUGCCUCGACUUUAAGGUGACACUUUUCUUUGUUCAAGUUCAGAAAAUAAAAGUUUUUUUUAAAACAGA